AUGAAUGAUACUCUUUUCGACACCAAGGUCUUAGACAACUUUGAAUAAGAGUUUUAAUAAGUUCAUGAUGACAUCAAUCCGAAGAUCCAUUCACGCAUUGCACCAUUGAUCUUUGCCAUCAAAGGAUUGAAAUAAGAAAUUAAUCAAGUUUUCGCUGAUUUCAUUCGAGAAACAAAUAAAGCCACUGAUGUUAUGCGGAUUAAAGACAUGUUCGAAGCAGUCUUGAUGGAGUAUAAUCUUAGAGAAAAGGAAAGCAACAAAUUGAUGGAAGCCAUCCUGCAAAAUGAUUCCAAAUAAAUCAGGCAAAUCUCUCAAUUGCUCAAAGAAAUACGUGAACUCCAACAUGAAGUCAAUCAGUUUCAAAGACAAAGUGAAGUUAAACGCCAAAGACAAUGCGGUAUCUUUAAAAGCAAUCCAACCGAUUUCAAGAAACAAAACACUCAAAUCAUAGAUGAAACCAGCAUCUACGAUUGGGUAGUCGACAUUGACUUUAUCACUUCCAUCAACAAUUCAGGUUGGAAAGUGUGGCUAUCCCCAAAGAUGAUCAACUAAGAAAUAAUCAAUAUCAAAGCCUUGGAAGGAGCAACAGUGGCAGUAACUGGACUCUAUGACAAAGGAAAGACCUUUGUUUUGAACAGUCUCACCAUGAGUAAUUUGCCCUCUGGAAAGAAGGUUACUACCAGAGGCAUUUCAUUUAAGCAUGUCAAUGUUGACAAUGGUACUAAAUUGAUUUUAGUGGACACCGCUGGAACAUACAGUCCUGUCAAAAUCGAGAAUGAAUUAUCCAUUGUAGACAAGGAAGCCACAGAAACAUUCAUAUCUGAUUUGGUAUUUGAUUUAGCAGAUUACUUUUUAUGCGUAGUCAACGAUUUCACAAGUCUUGAUCAAAGAUAUCUCGACAGACUAAGUCGGAAUCUAUAGCAAAGUCCAAAUAAGACAUUUCGAGAGAUUAUAGUAAUACACAAUCUAAAAGAUGUUGAAUCUCCUGAAAUUUUAGAACAUGUUUGGAGUACUUAAGUUACUUAGAUAUAUGCUAAUGGAACUCUUUAAAAAACCAAAGUAGCUGCACUCAAUCCUAUCAAUAAAUAACUAUAGGAGAAACAUGUACUUUGGUUCAAGACUCCUUACACUAGACACGUGUGUAUUGUGAAUGAUGAUUGCAAUCUAGGAAAGGGACUCAAUCCUUGGGUAUUUUCACUUCUUAGGUAUUGGUUAAAAGCCGUUUUCAUUCCGGUCAAUCGAAGUUUUUCCGUUUUGGAUUGUUUGUUAAUUUAAUCAAGAUAAAAACUAGUUAAUUUUUUUAGGAAGAACAUCAAAAUUGAUUUGCAGGACACUGAUGACCCUCUGAUCAAGGUCAUCAAAACAGAAAAUGAAUUCCAUGAUAAAAUACAAAUUCCUUAAGGAUAGGUUGACAUGAGUGGUUUAAUUACGGGACAAUAGGAUUCCUUUUAACCUGCAACAGACAUCAUCGCUGGGGAUCAGUACAUCAUUUUGAUGGAUGCCCCGGGAUUGACUAAUGACGAUGUCGAUAUCCAGAGACAGAAUGUUGUCACUUUGGUCAAGGGAAACAAGUAGAGACCGUACAUCAAUCAAGGGCAAUUGGAGAAGAGCGAAAGAAAAUAUGGGGAAUUCACACUUACAUUCAAAAUUCCCGAUAUUUAUGAGAGACAAUGGUCUUAUUUUGGUGUAGAGAAGGGAGUGAUCACAAUAAAAUACGAUAAAGAUAAGGAUGAUAUUUGA